AUGAAACCACAGAAUCUAACAACUGUCUCAAAAUUCCUCCUCCUGGGAUUUUCAGAUGAUCUGGAACUGCAGCCUGCCCUCUUUGGGCUGUUCCUGCACAUUUACCUGGUCACAGUGCUUGGGAACCUCCUCAUCACCCUGGCCGUCAGCUCUGACUCCCACCUCCACACACCCAUGUACUUCUUCCUCUCCAACCUGUCCUUGGCUGAUGUGGGUUUCAGCACCACUACAAUCCCCAAGAUGCUGAUGAACAUACAGACACACAGCAAAUCCAUCUCCUAUGCAGGCUGCCUCACUCAACUGUCCUUUUUUUAUUUUCUUGGAUGUUUACUUUUUGUAUGUUUGGACAAUCUACUCCUGGUUGUGAUGGCCUAUGACAGAUUGGUGGCCAUUUGUUACCCCCUACAAUACCCAGUCAUCAUGAGCCCCCACCUCUGUGGCUUGUUGGUCCUGGUGUCUUUUCUCCUCAGUCUUUUUAACUCCCAGAUGCACCGCAUGAUAGUGUCACAAGUUACCUUCUGCUCAGAUGUGGAAAUUCCUCAUUUCUUCUGUGAUUUGGCAAGAAUGAUGAAGAGAAUAAGAAACGAUACAAAUAAUAUUAUAAAAGAAAACUGGAACAAAGUAUAG